AAUAAAAGUUGCCAUGAACCAUUCAGCCGUAAUAAAUAUCUGUCUAAAUCAUGUUCUCCUGUGAGACAGCCCAACUGGGAGCAAUCUCAGUUAGAACGACCGAAAAAUAUAACGUACAUUUACAAAUACUUGCCCCCUCAAAAUAACGUAUUAGGGAGCGCCGAGUAUGACAUAAAUAGUGGCGGUGUGGAAGUCAGUCGACUAUAUAAAAAUGAGGUUGUGAGGGAUAUUACGGCGGCGGCAGGGCGCCGGCGCCGGGGCUCUCGCCCUUGCUCUCGCAGUUCGCGGGCAGACCCGUCGGCGCCCGCUGUGUCGCUGGCCGUCCGCUCCGCCUCGCGACACGACAACACUCGCCCGCGACGCUUCCCGCGAGCGCUCGCCCCUCGCGCGACUCACGAUCGAGUGACUUGCUCCGCCAGGUGAGCGUGAGCAUGACUGACAGCUUCCGAGCACCAAACGCGCCUACUUGAAGUGUCUGUGCCGGAGUGAAAACAACAUGUUUCAAACAAGUAGAACACAUGACAUCAGUGCUGUUGUGAACUACGAUUGUAUAUCUCCGCUAACUCAACCGAUCCUGGUUUUUAAUCCAGCAUAGGCUCAGGGAAGCAGAAGACAAUGACUCUAAUUCCAAUAAAAUAUUUACUUUUUGUAUUUUUAUCGUUUUGGCAAGUUAGCAAUCUAGCAUCGACAUGUCCAGAAAAAUGUACGUGCCAUAACAAUUUAACCUUAUCUCUAAAAUGUUCCUACAACGUAACAUUGAAAGAAAAUCAGAAUGUGUAUCACGUGUCGGUGUGUUGCGACGACGAAGAGCAAAUAUGGAGGCAGGAGUUCGCAAACAAAACGCUAUCAGAAGUGAUGGUCCGCUAUUGCAGCGCGUGUGGCAGCGCCGAUCUCGCAUCGCCGGCACUCGACACCUAUUCGCUACUCAUCACAAACAACAACCUUUCCAAAAUUGCGAUCAACGUCAACAACCGAAACUUACGACAGAUAAACUUAUCUGAUAAUAGACUGAAAUCCAUUACAAAAGGCCUCUUUAAUAAUUUUUCGUCUCUUCAAAAACUAAUUUUAAGUAGAAAUGAAAUAAUUAGCAUAUUUCCGGGAAGUUUUAAUGGACUAUCAAAAUUAGAAUUGCUGGAUUUAUCGGAAAAUAACCUAACGAUCUUAGCGAACGUUUUUACGCCGCUUAAAAACCUUCAGCAUCUAAAUUUAAGUAGAAACAACAUCGAGUUCAUCCCCGAGAACUACUUCAACAAUUGGUUGUUGCAACACUUGGACGUGUCGCAUAACAAUUUGAAGAAGAUGGAGCCUGGCGCGUUGCAGUUGUUGCCAAACCUCGCCCGGCUGCUGCUAACUGACAAUCCUCAUUUAGGAAUCACGCAGCUAGACCGGCAGCUGCUGGUCGGCACGGGACGCCGGCUGCAGCAGAUCGAUGCGUCGCGCACCGGCCUCUACCAGGUGCCCGAGGCCUUCACCCACUCUGUGCGCUUCCUGUCGCUCGUCGGCAACCAGAUAUCAUCCGUCAGGUGCGGCGAUCUCGACAGCUACCCGUUAUUGCAGUCUCUCGACUUCUCUGACAACAAAAUUCUUUCGGUUGAGGAUGACUCUUUGGGCAGAUUAGAAAUGCUCUUAUUACUAAAUAUUAAUAAGAACAUUUUAACAACCGUACCUAAAUCUCUACCUGACGAGCUGAAAUAUUUAUCCGUAAAUGAUAAUCUUGUGAAGAACUUAUCUCGACAUGACUUCAAAAACUUACCCAAUUUGCGAAUAUUGUUAUUGAAAAACAAUCAAAUACGAUACAUUGAAGAUCAUGUAUUCGACGAUUUAUUGUCUCUCGAAAUGCUGGAUUUGUCGAAUAAUCCGAUACAAGUUCUAUCGUCGAAUACUUUUGACGGACCUCUGUCGCUUCGCGACUUAAGGCUGUGCUACCUGAACGUGUCGGUGCCGGCGCAGGACGGCUCGUUCCCGGUGCCGUCCCCGGAGAGCGUGCAGAUGCUGCACCUGCAGGCCAGCCCCGGCCUCGCGCGCCAGCUGCUCGCCGACUCUGCAGCGCUGGCCGCCUUCUCACAUCUGCAAUAUCUCGACUUAAGAAUGAAUAAUCUAUCGGAAAUAAGAAACGAUUUGCUUUUCUAUCUUAGUCAGUUAAAAACCUUAAGAUUACACGGCAAUAGCCUUAAUUGUAGCGCCAAAUUGUGGCUAAAAGACUGGAUGAAUUGGAACCAGUCCACAUCAAACGGCGAAAGCUGUUACUACUCCACUUCAGAAGCCAAAGAGGAUAUAAUCAAAUACAACUGUACUUUUCCGGAAACGUUCACCAUAAGCGAAAGCUUGCCGCCGGUGAAUUUAUAUAGCACAGAAAUGAUAAAUAAAUUGUUGAGGUACUAUGGGUAUCUCAAUAAUAAAACAGAGAAAAGUUUCGACUUUACAAAACGUGACAAGAUUAAACAUAACUCUGUUAGCUCCGAGUACGAGUCGAAAUUGAACAAAACCAUUGCCAAAUAUACGAAAUAUGCUAAUAGUUCCAUCUCUAGUGAAAAGAAAGAUGCGCUUAAGAUGAAAAAUACGUUAAAAUUCCCAUAUUAUGACUACUUGAACGAAACCACGGCCAUCAAAUCACGAGAAUCCUCAAAAAUAUUAGAGCAAAACAAACUGUUACAUGAUCAAUUUAAUAUAGAUCAAAGGUUUUUAGAUACAGAGCCUAAUUUAUCUCCAGCAUGGCGUGACUCGAAAAAAGGGAAUGAAGAUGACAUUCCAGAAAUUCGGCAAAAUAAUAAAUCUGGUAAGCGCUUGAAUACACCAGUGGAAGCUAAAAAACUUUUACAAAUGAACUUAGUGAAAAAUGAAUCUCACCCGGCGACCCUUUUAAAUGUAACUCAUAAUGAAAUAGGGCUCGUCGUCGCAGGCGGCAAUCAGACAGCGGAUGCGAACGAAAAAUCACAGUUUUCGCCGUAUCAGUCGCCUCACACAAACUAUGCACAAUACAUGGGCACAGUCGCCGUGUCCGUACUGAUAGUGAUGUCUUUGAUCCUUUGGAUCAGUUUCCGCCUGAGAUAUAGGAGAAGGCGGGUGCCAAUCGUGGAGGUGGAGGCUGAGGACCAAAUAGAGGUGUCGAAUAUAUCCGGUGGAGUGCUGUGGUGACACCUGCGCGCAGCCGACCCCACCCCCUUCGAAUACGACUCGCUUCUGACGUAGCACUAGUAGUGUGACGGUCGGCUGCACGCUGUAUGGGAGCUGUUAUGUGAUAUAAUUGGACGUACAUAUUUUUCUAUGGAAUAAGUACAAAGUUGGAUGGGCAGCGAUGCUUAUACUUGUUUGUGUCUAAAGUGUAAAUAACCUUUGUUAACUAACUUAGGACAUAGAGAUAAAUAACGUAUUUUUGUGUAAAGUCGUAGCAUUGUGAUCAUUAAGGUUUGUUUGAGUAUAGGUAAGUGUACCUAUGACCUAUAUUUUUUAAGAAAUACGUAUUAUUAAUUAAUGUUGCUAUAAAACAUUUACAUAGAGCAGAUCUUGUCUUCCUUGUUAACCCUGUCAUUGUAAUAAAUAACAUAAGAUAUCUUGUAAACGAUCAUAAAUUGGUCAGGUCAUGUAGUGCCAAAACGUUUGGAAUCGUACAUUUGUGAUCCCUGUGUUUAUACAAAAAUUGUUGUCGAUAUAUUUAUCAAUAGCAAAAGUAAAUUAAGAACAAUACUAUAUAUCAAUCCGAAAUGCCAAUAUAUAAAAUGAAUUAAGCACGUAUUUAUUCACUUUCCUGAUCUGUGCAUUAAUUAAUUGGGUACAGUUCUUUGAUUAUAAAGUUAUGCGCUUCGGCAAUCUUGGUCUCUCGCAAAUAUUCGAAGUUACCUACAUCUCUUUCUUUGGUACAGAGAAUUUUAUAUAUAAGUAUAGUUAGACGAAGAUUGCCGAAGCUUUGAAGCUUAAAUUGUAGUCAUACAAUUAUGACUCAUUUUUGUGUAAGACUUGCUAAAUACCUAAAACAAACUAACCUAUGUACCUACAGUGCGCUAAUUGUAAUAUUUUAACGAAUUACGAGUAAUUUCCACGUUUUGCAAAAUAUGUCGGUAAAUUACGAGUUGAGUAGAUACUUACUCAAAAACUUUGACUCAACUGUACUCAAAUUGAUAAUCCUUGAAUCUAUGAUUUAUAAGUUUAUGUACGUUAUCCCAUUUUAGUGAUUCAUAAAAAUACUGGUACACGUGUAAAUAUAUUAGUCGCUCCAUGAAAACCAACUGUCAUUUCUAGAUGUUUACAUCACCAUUUUUACACCUCACCUCACCUCAUUUUUAUCACAUUUGCAUACUGUUUUACAGCUCUUUUCCAGAUUGUCAAACUUCCCAUAGUUCGAUAUGGUAACGGUUUGCUAUAAGUAACUUAUAAGCUGUUUAUUUCCAUUUGUCUCAUGCCUUUACAUUUUGGUCCAAGAAUGUAUGAACACUUCAAUCUUCUUUGUGCUCUGCAAAUACAGUUGUUCUGUUGUUUAGGUACUUACAUGCAAUGUUUUGUAGGGUACUGAGUUGACAAACAAAGAAAACAACAAUGAAGUCACAUGGGGUUAUUUCUAACCUCUAGUUCCCCUUUAACUACAAAUAGUAAAACUAUGAAGCAGAGUUUUUAUCCAUUAAUAUAAUUUGUAAAAACUGAAAAACUGAAAAAAAAAUUAAUAAUCUGAAAGUCGUUUGACGGUAAAAAUAUCGGGCCAAGAGUAUUCCCUUCUCAUAAUACUCAAAGUUCCGAACAUUCCCAGCAGCUGCAAUUUUAAUAACCCCCUGCAACGGUACAUCUAACUAUGAAUAAUUUACCUGUUAAAGUGUACAUUGAUAAUUUCCUGCAGCGUGUGUUGUGUAACAUCGGAUACUCGACUCUAAUUUAUGUACAUUUUGAUAUCGUUUAAUAGCUUUUAAGAGAACAAUAUGAUGCAGUUGUAUCUUAUGUCAGUGCUCUUUAAUUCGACUUAUUUGUAAGUUUGCUAAUCAAGUGAUUAAAAUUCCAUAAAUUAUAUUGCAAUUCAAAAAUAUUUUUAAAUAAUAUCAGUGCAGUACAUACAGUCAAUAACAUCAGGUUUCCAGCUAGUAUCUAUACAAUAAAAAUGCCAUUAUACUUAAAUAUUUUUUUUAUGGAAAUCUCUUGUUGAUAUGUUUACUCGUAGUUAAGACAAAAAAUAUAUUAUUUCUUUUGGAGACGGUGCCGUAUUUUAUGUACAUUGUCUGACGUCUGACUAUUUGAUUUAGCUUUGUUAUUAUGUGAGCGUAAAUAUGAAAAUUUCUAACUUAUUACGUUUUUCGAAUAAGUAUAUUAUGUAUAGAAUAAGGUUUACCGUCUCGAUGAGAUUGCAUCCACAGAGGCUAUUUGGCAGUAUUAAACAAACGAGGAUAAAAGUUUAAUUUAACAUAAUAUACAUGUAGGGUAAUUCGCCAGUAACUGACCACUGUUAGUAAUUGUGGCCACCCUAAACUAAAAAUGAAUUCUAUUCACCUAUAAACUAUUGAAGUAUGGCC